AUGAUCUACGCAACCCCCGUGACUUUUCUCUUUCUUUCACUCAUAUGGACUAUUUGCUUUGUUGAGGUUUUGGGAAAGGCAAGAAGUGUACAGUGGAAAAAGUUUUUAGUUGAGUAUGACCAGAUACAAGCACCUGGCGUGCGUGGAGGCACCGUUCAACCUAACCUAGUGGACAACAAGGUUGAUAGCAACGCAUUUUUUAAUCAUUUAAAGGCUCAUCUAGAGAGAAAUAACGUAACUUUUGGAAACGUCCAUUUCCUGGAUUCUGCUCCGGAGAUCUUUCAAGGCCUUUCGAUUUCUUUAUCUGACCCUGAUCACGACAAGUUUUUAAGAACAGCCACAAGGGUGACAGCUGUCUACGCGGUGCAACCAAUCAAGCGUCCUACUUUUGCCCUUCUACCUACAGUUGUCUCCGAGAAUCAAAAUUCUACUUCGCGUGAUCAAUUUGUCCCACAUGUACAAGUCGGCGUAUCUCGCCUCCACGAUUUAGGAUACUUGUGUCAAGGGAUAAGAAUUGCUGUGAUUGAUACCGGUUGCGAUUGUUCACAUCCUGCGCUUGGUGGGGGAUUUGGAGAUGGCCAUAAGAUCGACAGGGGGUAUGACUUUGUGGGAGAUGAUUAUAAUGGGGAAAAUGCACCAACGCCCGAUGGCAACCCAUGUACACAAUGUGCACUUCACGGCACGCACACGAUGGGAAUUUUGGCAGCAAAUCAAAAUCCUAUGGGCUUUAGUGGAGUUUGUCCUGAAGCAAAGAUGUCAGCCUAUCGUGUUUUUGGCUGCCAAGAGGGAACAAGUGAUGACCUCGUAGUGGCUGCACUUCUUAGGGCAUAUGCAGACGGAGCCGAUGUCUUUUCUCUGUCAGUUGGCACUCCCGCUGGAUGGGCAGAUGGUUCGAUAGGAUCGAUUGUUGCAAGUCGAAUAGCCGCCAGUGGUCCCACUGUGGUGGUGUCUGCUGGUAACACUGGCGCGGAGGGAAUGUUUUACGCCAACUCUCCAUCGACCGGAGCCGAUGUCAUUUCCGUAGGCAGUGUACAGGCUCGAUCCAUCGUUUCGUACACAUUCACUACAUCAGCCACAGGGUCCCGCAAUAUGUACUAUUUUGCAACCUACCCCAUGAAACCGGGCAUUUCACGGGUCUACCCAGUCAAUUCCAACCCCUCCAGCCGUGACGAUGCUUGUCAACCUCUUCCGAGCACAACCCCCAAUCUGUCCGAUUAUUUCGUACUGGUCAAACGAUCUUCGACACCAAACUGCACCUUGGAGACACAAGCGGUAAACUUGAAGGAAAAAGGAGCUAUAAAAAUCAUCUGGGCAAAUAACAACUCAUAUCCCGAAUAUGUACCCUCAGGAACUGCAGUUGGGAUGUCUAUUGGAGUCGUCACGGUGGACGUGGGGAGGUUUUUACUUGAUGAAGCCGUGAAAGACCCAAUAGGUUUCACUGUCAACGUGACUUCUGAUGCGGAAUUUUCUCAAAUACAGGUACCGGAUAGCGGCAGAGUCAGCCCAUUUUCUGCUCACGGACCAAUGUACGACUUCACAUCACCUCAACCGGCGGUACUUGGCGUUGGUGGCAACGUUCUAUCAACAUAUCCUUUAUCGGCUGGUGCAUAUGCCAUUGCGUCGGGUACUUCAAUGUCGGCUCCUCAGGUAGCCGGAAUAGCUGCAUUGGUCCUCAACGUCAGAGGCAAAGGCAUGUCAUCGGAAGAGAUGAGAUCCCGAAUUAUAACUUCAGCCACACCAGUCACAAACUAUAGUGGAAGUUCCACAUUAGAAUGUGGCUCGGGGGUUGUAGAUGCCUGGUGUGCGGCAUUUUCCAACACGAUUCUAUCAACUUAUUCUAUCGCGUUAAAUGACACGGCCAACUUCAAUGGCCUCCAAUCGAUCAUCAUCAGCAAUCAAGGGAACUCAUCCAUCAAAUACCAAUUGAAGCACGAGCCAGCUGGGACUGCUUUGACGUUCCCAUUGGGUGAAAUGCUUCCUUAUCAAUGGCCCGUGCCUCUGAUUGCAAAUGCAGCGAAAGUUUCAUUUUCGCAAUCAAGUUUUACGCUUGGACCGUACGAGCAAUUUGAAUUCAAACUUCAGUUUCGAUUACCCACUGGAACACCUGCAGAGCAGAUGCCUAUAUACUCCGGAUUCAUCCGAAUUGUCACUGACACUGAAUGCGAAAGUCAUACGGUGCCGUAUUAUGGUGCUGCAGCAGAACUUAGAGCUAGGCCUGUUCUUGACACUGGCAUAGGAUAUCAAGAUAAUUACACGAUCCCAGCAUUAGACAGUGGAUUGACUAGUUUGCCGGUAGAAAGUGGCCAUGUGUUUACCUUGAAUGACACGGAUGUACCUAUAAUUGAAUAUCGCUUGGCAUUUGGGACACCUUUGUUGCUAUUCCAUCUAGUAGCUGAAGACGCAGAUCUUAAAAUACCUGUCCCAUCAGUUGUUUCUCUUGGGAAUAAGAUCUCUCAAUUGAUUGGCCGCUCAAACGUGCCCUCGUAUUUUACCUCACCUGAGAAUAGUGGUAUUCUAGACACGCUCAAAGGAUCGAUUCAAAAAGUACAAUCCGUGGCGCCUAUAUCGACCAGCCUGAAGCUAUUAGGAUCCCUUGGAAGUCAUGAUACGCUUUCCACGUGGAACCCCCGGCACACCUUUGAAGACAGUAGCUCCUUCCAAUUCAAUGGAUCCGUAUUUGAUCUUACUUCAGACACAGCCAACGUCACAUUAGGCGUACCCGUUCCGGACGGAAACUAUAAAAUUCUCUUUCGCGCCUUACGUAUCAAUGGGAACCCACAGGUAGAAAGUGAUUACGAAGCUUGGUUAUCUCCAAAAUUCACAAUCAAGCGGACAAAUCAAAUCGAGCCACAGAAUGAUAGUACAGACCCAACAACCAGUUCUACUACAUAA